AUAAUCAGUCCAUAGGGGUGUGGAUCUAUUUACCUGAUAGCCAUAUUAGUCUUAUAAAUACUGCAAGUGAAAUGUGAGUCCAUCAUCGAACAGGUUCAAUCAGCAGUCAUGAGGUCAUUGGUGUUCCUGGUGCUCCUUGGAGCUGCCUUUGCUCUGGAUGAUGACAAGAUUGUUGGGGGAUAUGAGUGUCAGCCCUAUUCUCAGCCCUGGCAGGUGUCGCUGAACUCUGGCUACCACUUCUGUGGUGGAUCUCUGGUCAACCAGAACUGGAUUGUGUCUGCUGCUCAUUGCUACAUGUCACGUAUUGAGGUCCGUUUGGGUGAGCACAACAUUGCUAUCACUGAAGGUUCUGAGCAGUUCAUCUCCUCUGACCAGGUCAUCCGCCACCCCAACUAUGACUCCUGGAACAUCGACAAUGACAUCAUGCUGAUCAAGCUUAGCAAGCCUGUGACCCUCAAUCAGUAUGUGCAGCCUGUGGCCCUGCCCAGUGGCUGUGCUGCCGAUGGCACCAUGUGCAGAGUCACUGGCUGGGGAAACACCAUGAGCUCCACUGCUGAUUCUGACAAGCUUCAGUGUCUGGAGAUCCCCAUCUUGUCCGACAGCGACUGCAACAACUCCUACCCUGGCAUGAUCACCAACUCCAUGUUCUGUGCCGGAUACCUGGAGGGAGGAAAGGACUCUUGCCAGGGUGACUCUGGUGGCCCUGUGGUGUGCAAUGGUGAGCUGCACGGUAUUGUGUCCUGGGGUUACGGCUGUGCCGAGAAGAACCAUCCUGGUGUCUACACCAAGGUCUGCAUAUUCAACCAAUGGCUUGCUGACACCAUGAACAGAUACUAAAUGAGAUAAAAAACAAAUCAUAUUCUCUGCUAAGUCACAUGUAACCUCCAAUUCUGCAAUCCAUUAAUUCCGUUUUUUUUGUACUGAGGUAAAACCAAGGUGUGAAAAAAAUAAAGCAUUUAAAAACA